CGCACAAAUAAAAUCCUAAGUUGGAAUUUAUUCUUCGAUGUGGAGAAAAUUCUCAAACUUGUGCACAACAAAAAGGAAUUCGAUUCUCAAAUUUGUUCCGAUGGCGUAUCUGUAUCGUUGAUGUACAAAAAACCGAAAGUACCACCAGUCGAGACAACAGAUGACGAAAUCAAAGCAAUGUAUGACAGCAAUGAGUUGAAAUAUGCUGUUGGAUGUGAUCCGGGUGAAUUUGCGAAACAAGGCCGACGUAAUGCAAAAGCCGAACGAAUCACACGAUUGUUUACUUUCGAAGAGCAAGCUGAUCGUAAUCGAAUUGCAGCUAUGAUUGGUGAAAUGCCAUCGCCAAAAGGACCAUCAUGGCUUUCGUACAUUGAACAUCGAUUACGUGUAAUGAAUGAUGGCAUUGAAACCUAUUCGACCAAACAGUAUGCACGCUUGGGACUGGACAAGCAUAUCGAAUCGGUUCGUGCAAUCGACAAAACGGCAUGCAAAAUGGUUCACAAUCAACCAUCAAUUUUCUACAUGGGAGCCAGCGGAUCAACACCAGCUAAUUCGCCGAUUAAGAUCAAGAAACAUGUGCGAUGUCCAGGCACACGGAAGCUGCUUGCGGCCAAUAUGAAACGUGGCAAUUGCAUCAUUCGAAUGGUCAAUGAGUACAUGACAUCACAGCAUUGUCCAUUGUAUUUCAAACGAUUUCCACAACAAACUCGACGUGAUCGAUACAAGGCAUGUGUGGGUUGUGUACCAAAUCCAGUUGUUGACUUACCGACACUCAUUGUAACCAAUGUGAGCAAACGAUUACUACAAAUGUGACGAACAAUUGAACGAAUGUGGCGCGAGAUGCGAGAUAUGGGCGAUGUCAUUGCUGCAACUCUUCGAGAUGGACCGAAUGCAGGUCGUUUGGUGUCAAAGAAGCAACGCUUCUUUAAAACAUGGCUACCAAAUGUUACAAACGUUGAAAUCGAGGGAGCUGCCGAAGCACAACCAACGCUCACAACUGUAUGGCAUCGUGAUAUCGCAUCAGCGAAGCUGAUCCUCUACAAAGGUGAAUUCAAGCGAUCAAUCAGCCAUUGCAGUUGUAUCGAGGUCAGAAUCAGAAUGUCAACAAUGGACAUCUGCAGCUGCAGUAGUAGCAGCCCUCAUUCAUCAACAACAACAAUAUCAUUAAAUCAAAUUAUAAUUUGAAAAUUAGUUUAUAACAAUUAUUUGUUAGUCCGCUAGGCUUGAUUAAAUUGUGGCCUUGCCGAAGUACGAGUUACCUCUUGCCUCGUAUAAAUUGUACUCGGUAAGUGGAAUUUAUUGAAUAUUGAUAAUUAUGAAUCAGACGUGCGGACGGGGGGGGUUUCGGGUUUGUCCCCCCCCCCAAAUCGUUAACCCAUCCUUCCGGUUUGUACCCCCUUCUAAUUUAUCUACACCCC